GGCAAUUCAAAAUUGAAAUAACUUAGCAUGAACAAACGCCACGCGCCACUGGUGUUUAUAUACUCGUCAACAGAGCAGUCAGCACCGGCGGUUCACGAGCCUUCUUCACGGUUCACGGAACACGUUGUCGAAUCGUAUCGUCGCCGUUUUUACCUGGGACUUUAACAUUAACAGACGACCAAAAUACCAUGUCGGUCCAUCGCUGCGAAAUGAGAGAUGAGACCUAAAUUUAAUUCAUCUGAAAAUUAGAAAUUACGGUGAUAUCUAUUUUUAAAAGGAUGACACCAUUGCUGGAUUUAUAUUUUGUCUGGGAUAAACUGAAGCUCCUUCUUUUAUGCAUAUGCCUGCCAUAUUUUGCGUCUGGCACCUGUCCCGGUGACGUCAAAGGUCAAAUAAAAAACUGCUUCCGGGAUUAUGAGAUGAAGAUAGAGGGAAUCCUAACCCCGGGGAAUUCCAUCAUAUCAGGGGUGGAUGCCGAGAAUAUCCGGCUUCUCUGCACUGGGUUUAAAUAUGGAGAGGCCUGUGUUGCUAGCCUGAAAUCAAAAUGUCUACAGGAUACGGCUAUCAUAGAGGCGGAGCUACUUAAAUUGACCUUAGCAGAAGAGGAGCUAAAACUGUUGUGUCGGGACGAUUCGUUAUAUGAUGUUUAUGCACGAAAUAGAUAUUGCUAUGAGAAAUCGGGAAUAGCAAAUGAGAAAUGUUUCCGAGAUGUAAUGAAUUCUUCAGUCCGGAUUAUAACAGAUUUGGACCAAAGGUCUGUCACAGGAUUUUGCGGGGACGUGGACUCCUUGUUAAAUUGUAUAGGUGGCGCCUUGCACGCCGAGCAGUGCAGUAAGGAAUCUAUAACACAGAAGGAUAAACUGGUCCGGCCGCUUAUCCGGGGUAGCCAGGAGUGUGAUAAAUCUGCUUACACUGUUUCUAGUCAGAAAACAACGCCUUCACAGUUGCAAAAUGGCCGCCAAUCAGGCACAAAAGGAAGUGAUGGGACAAACACAGCAGACUAUUGUUUAGCAAACCGAACAUUAAUUUUAUCAUUGCUGGUGGUAUUUUCAUUAGUUCUAGGAUUUUCAUGAUAUAACAUCAGUGUCUGAGGGAUAAUUUACUUUAGAAUAGAAGAAUAUGCAUACUGCCGAAUCGGAGCCCAUGAUGAAGAUGCCCUGCAUUCUUUGCUUGUGACAAAGUAUGAAACGUGAUGGCGGAAUGCGAGAAACUGUAGUUAUACAUAGAGAAUGAAAGGGAUGUUUGAAUAAAACAGGAUUAAGAUUCAUAUUGAGGGAUGUGUACAGGAAAACAUUCUGUAUGUGAGUGCGCAUGUGCAUUUGGUGUGUCCCGGUGGUUGGAGUUGUCAGUAAAUGUAUUUGUUUUGUUUCUGGCCUAUUUGACUUUUUUCUUUAUUUUUCGUGCAACAUGCUUAUCACUGCGUUGGUUUUGCGAUUAGUUAAUGUAGAGAUCAUUUUAAAAAAAAUCAUGAUGCAGUUUUUGUUUUAGCUCAAAGCAAAUUCAACAUAAAAACAUACAGUAACAUCCUAGAUCAUUGAAUGUCAGGCUUAUAAACACUUAGUUUGGUAAAAGUCGAGUUUUUCUGUUUCUCUGCUCUAGUCCAUGCAUUUAAAGUGCUCUUUUUGUUUCUUUGUUACCAUUGAUAAAGAGAUGUUUGAAACUGUUAAAUAAAAUCUGUGAAAAAUA